CGCUAAAGGCGGGCGUGGAUAGCACAGCUUGUAAAUAAAGUAAUGACGUGGUUCUUGUUAUUCCAAAAUCGAAAGAAAAGGAGCUUUGGCUCGCUUGCGAAAUAGCCUGAAUUGUUUUUUGUGCAUUAUUCGUGUUUUUUUCAAAGAGUCUCGGCGUCAUGUCUCUCAAACUAUACAGCGAUUACCCUCGGCCGGCUACGAACCGCAGCAAAGAGCUUGAUCCAGGGAAUGUUCGUUUCAAUCAUGGCAUCAGUGGAUCUCAAGAGGUUCCAGCCAAACCAAGUUCAGUGUCACCACCAGCAUUGCUAAGUAAACCAUUUCCAGAAGAUUAUAUGUACCAGACACUUCAAUCGAACUUGCCAAUCCACAUUCCUAACAUGUUCCAGGUCAUCAAAACAAGCAUACGAACUGUUACAUCGUGAACUCACUCAAGACUCAAAGCCCCAAUUCAAUCUGGCAACCUUUGGCACAACAUACAUGGAGCCAGAGGUCGAGAAAUUGAUAACCGAGAGCCUGCCCAAGAACUUCAUUGAUCCUAGAGCCUACCCCGCAACCGCCAACAUCGAAAGGAAAUGUCUCCAAAUUCUCGCCAAUAUGUAUCAUCUACCUACAAAAGACCCUCGCGACAUUGCUGGAGCAAGCACAAUCGGUAGUUCGGAAGCAAUCAUGAUGGCGGUUCUGGCGAUGAAGUCAAACUGGAUCAAGCGACAGGAAGCAUCUUCGAGUGACAAAAGUGGCAGGCCGAAUCUUAUAAUCAGCUCAGUGGCGCAGGUAAGAUCUUGACCUUUAUAAUAUCUUUCCUCUUCAGUCACCUCUUAAUUCCUCAUUCCAUACUUUCCUUACCGACAGUCAUUUUGGUCUCGUAUUUGACGCGUCGUCUGGAGACGCGGCAUCGCCAAGAUUGCUGACUCGCUUACUUAGGUUUGCUGGAAAAAAGCAGCGAGAUACUUCGAUGUGGAUCUGCAGUACGUACCAUGUUCAGAAGACAGAUAUGUGUUGGACCCAGUCAAAGCAGUAGACCUAGUAAAUGAACGAACUAUGGGCAUCUGUUGUAUCUUGUAAGCUCCAUUUGUUUCCUCAAAAACCCAAAUACUGAACUCUAGAAGCGGCACGACAUAUACAGGCGAAUACGAAGACGUGAAGAAAGUAAACACACUUCUCAUCCAACGAGGACUCGACAUCCCAAUCCACGUAGACUCAGCAUCUGGCGGUUUCGUAGCUCCAUUCGUCGUGCCGGACUGCGAAUGGGACUUCCGUCUCGAAAAAGUCGUUUCUAUCAACGUCUCCGGUCACAAAUACGGCCACGUCUACCCAGGAAUAGGAUGGGCACUUUGGCGUUCCGUUGAUUAUCUGCCUAAAGAUCUCGUCUUUCACCUUUCUUACCUGGGUACUCCGCAAGCUUCAUUCACACUCAACUUUUCUCGCGGAAGUUCUCACGUUAUUGCGCAGUAUUGUGAGUCCACUCCCCAAAGUAACUUACUACAAGAUUACUAAUCAAACACAGACCAAUUCAUCCGUCUCGGCAACGCGGGAUACACUCACAUCCUCACAGAGAUCAUAAAAGUCUCCCGUCAUCUCACGGCAGCACUACAAGACCAAGGAUUCCUCAUCCUCAGCCGAAAGAGCGGGACCCAGGGAAUCCCACUCGUCGCUUUCCAGCUGGAUCCAGCGCGCAAACACAACUUCAACGAAUUCGCGCUGUCGGACGAGUUGGAGAAGCGAGGUUGGUUGGUUCCGGCGUAUCAUAUGGCGGAGGGCGCGAGACACAUCAAACUUCUGCGCGUGGUAUGUCGGAGAGACUUCUCGAUGGCGUUGUGUGAGAGAUUUGUUCGUGAUGUUAGGGGGAGUGUGAGGAAAUUGGAACGAAGGAAAUCGGUGAAUUAGGAUGCUUACGUUUGGAGUUUGGGUGAUAUACCACUGAGACAUAGAAUAAAUCUUUACUACCUAUUGGGAGAC